AUGAUGGAACCCAAUGUAAACUGCCUAGCGAUAGCAACGGAGGAGGGACCCUUUAUGCCGACUGAAAUUGGCCGGCUGAUUACCGCCAUGGUAACGCCGUUUGACGCUGACGGGCAGGUUGACUACGAACAGGCCAAGCGUCUCGCUUCGGCGCUGGUCGACUCCGGAUCGGAUGGUCUGGUGGUCACCGGGACCACAGGUGAAGGUCCGGCGUUGUCCAUGGAGGAAAAGGCCCGCCUCUACGGGGAAGUAAAAGACGCAAUCGGUUCCCGGGGCGCGGUGAUUGCCGGCACCAGCGACAACAACACCACAGCUUCCAUUGAGCUUAGCCGGGAAGCGGAACAGGUUGGCGCCGAUGCUCUGCUCCUGACCGUUCCCGCGUACAACAAGCCUCCCCAGGAAGGCCUGUUCCAGCAUUUCCGCGCGUUGGCGGAGUGCACCAAUCUCCCUGGGAUGCUUUACAACGUCCCCAGCCGCACCAGCCUGAACAUGACCAACGACACCACGGUACGGCUGUCCCAAAUCGAAAACAUCAUCGGCAUCAAGGAAGCCAGCAGCGACCCGGUUCAGAUCGCGAAAGUCAUACGGGAUACGCCCGACGACUUCCGAGUGUGGUCCGGCAACGACGAUGAGACCUUCCCGAUCAUGUCCAUGGGCGGGUACGGCGUAGUCAGCGUUGCUGCUCACCUGAUUGGCAACCAAAUCAAGCAGAUGAUGGGAUUGAUUUUGGAAGGCGACGUGGAAGCGGCUGGAGCUGAGCACCUGCGUUUGCUGGACAUGUUCAAAGGGCUGUUCAUCGUCUCCAAUCCGAUCCCGGUCAAGUACGGGCUGAAUACAGUUGGCUUCGACGUGGGUAACCCCCGCUUGCCACUCGUCCCGCCCGACAGCCGGACGGCAGAACAGUUGGAUGAACUGCUGGACCGAUACGACAUCGACAUCAAUGCGCCGGCCGACUGA